AUGGUAAUGCAUCAUUAUAUCAUCGAUUCGGUGUUUGACUGGGAGCGGUUUUCAAAUUGGAACCGUUUGACUAGAACCGUUGGGUUCGUGGUUCGAUAUCUCGGAAAUUUGAGGGCAAUAGCACGGCGACUUCCUACAACGAAGGGCCCGCUGAGUCAAGAAGAGUUGGCAAAAGUGGAGGCGUGGAUAUUUCAUUCAACCCAAAAAGAGUUCUUCGCAAAGGAAGUGACCAUGUUGUCUACAGUUUAUACUACAGGAAAAAGUGUGAGACUAGAUAGUGAGUUCUUCAAACUUUCUCCGUUUCUUGAUAAAAACGGCGUUUUGCGUGUGGAAACCAGAAUAAGUUUAGCAGCAUUUGCAUCAUAUGACACAAGAAAUCCUAUCAUUCUUCCUCGGUAUCAUCGUGUAACCAAGUUGAUCAUCUUGUGGUAUCAUCAGAAGCUUCUACACGGUAAUAUGGAAACCGUAAUUAAUGAGUUACGACAGCGAUUCCAUGUAUCCAACCUACGCACCGUCGUUCGAAGCGCAGUGAAGGAAUGUCUGCAAUGUAGAGUGUCCAAGGCAGUUCCUUCGGUACCCAGAAUGAGUCCUUUACCAGCGGCCAGGCUAGGGGCAUUUUUCCGACCGUUUACAUUUGUCGGUCUGGACUACUUUGGCCCAAUGACGGUCCGCGUAGGACGUAGCAAUGUGAAACGUUGGGUAGCGUUAUUUACGUGUCUUUCCAUCCGUGUUGUGCAUCUAGAAGUAGUGCAUUCAUUGUCGACAGAAUCGUGUAAGAUGGCUGUUCGGCGGUUUGUGGCACGGCGUGGAUCUCCGUCAGAAACUUACAGCGAUAACGCGACAAACUUCCUAGGUGCCAGCUACGAACUUCGGAACGAGAUCAGGUCCAUCAACGGGAACAUAGCUGAAACUUUCACGAAUUCCAACACAAAGUGGUUAUUCAUUCCCCCGGCCUCCCCACACAUGGGAGGCGCUUGGGAGAGAAUGGUGCGAAGCGUAAAAGUUGCGUUUUACGCUAUCUCCACUACUAAGCUUCCCACGGAGGAGAUGUUUGGUACUGUUUUAGUGGAGGCCGGAGCAUAG